GUUCAAACGCUUCAGCCACUAUCUCUCUCUCUCUCAGUGUGCCGAUCGAUCGCUCAGAGAUUUCUCUACAGUUUCGAAAAAUCUCUGUAAAACCCUAGGAAUACACUUCACUGUUUAAGCUCAAACUGAUAUGGAGUGGAACCCUGAAACUGUACAAUUCCUCUCCCAAUGCUUCCUGAACACACUAUCUCCAAUGCCCCAACCUCGGCGCCAGGCUGAGGCGGGACUCGCGGAGGCCGCUGAGAAGCUCAACUACGGCCUCGUCGUGCUCCGCCUCGUGGCUGAGCCUUCGGUUGAUGAGCAGAUCCGACAAGCGGCCGCUGUGAACUUUAAGAAUCACCUCAAGUUUCGAUGGUCGCCGUCUCCUUCUGGACCUAAUGCUCCCACCCCGGCUCCAAUUGCGGACCCUGAGAAAGAGCAGAUCAAAAGUUUGAUUGUUUCGUUGAUGAUUAGUGCAUCUCCGAGAAUACAGUCUCAGCUCAGUGAAGCUUUGACUGUGAUUGGGAAGCAUGAUUUUCCAAAAGCGUGGCCGACUUUGUUGCCUGAGCUCGUUCUGAGUCUUGACAAGUUGAGUCAGGCCAAUGAUUAUGCAUCUGUUAAUGGGGUAUUAGCUACUCUGAAUUCCUUGUUUAAUAAGUUUCAGUAUCAGUUUAAGACCAAUGAGUUGCUCCUUGAUCUUAAGUACUGCCUUGAUAAUUUUGCAAAGCCAUUGUUAGAAGUUUUUAAACGCACAGCAAAUGUGAUAGAUCAGGCUGUGGCUUCUGGGUCUGCAACUGAAGCGACCCUUAAGCCAUACAUAGAGUCUCAGAAGUUGUGCUGUGGGAUAUUCUAUUCUUUGAAUUUUCAAGAGUUGCCUGAAUUUUUUGAGGACCAUAUGAAUGAAUGGAUGGUUGAGUUUAAGAAAUAUCUUACUGUGAAGUAUCCUGCUCUCGAGGAUAGUAGCAAUGAUGGGCUUGCAGUUGUUGAUGAUCUACGAUCUGCUGUCUGUGAAAACAUUAGCCUUUAUAUGGAGAAGGAGGAAGAACUGUUUCAAGGGUUUUUGAGUGGAUUUGUGGAGGCUGUAUGGAGUCUUCUUGUAGCUUCAUCUGCAUCUUCCAGCCGGGAACAGCUGACUGUCAAAGCAAUCAAGUUCUUGACAAUUGUUAGCACUAGUAUUCAUCACACAUUGUUUGCAAGAGACGACAUUCAAGAACAGAUUUGUCAAAGUAUUGUCAUUCCUAAUGUAAUGCUUAGGGAUGAAGAUGAGGAGUUGUUUGAAAUGAACUAUGUUGAGUUCAUAAGGAGGGACAUGGAAGGAAGUGAUCUUGACACUAGGAGGAGGAUUGCUUGUGAACUACUUAAGGGAAUUGCAACUUUUUAUAAGGAAAAAGUGACUGAGAAGGUAUCCCUUCAGAUAAAGAAUUGUUUAGCCAUGUUUACUCAGAAUCCUGCUGGACAUUGGAAAUUCAAAGACUGUGCUAUCUAUUUGGUUGUCUCCCUUGCGAUUAAAAAGGCAGGUGGUACUUCAGUGUCAACUGACCUGGUAGAUGUGGAGAACUUUUUUGCAUCUGUUAUUGUUCCAGAGCUCCAAAGUCAGGAUGUGAAUGCCUUUCCAAUAUUGAAGGCGGGUGCAUUGAAGUUCUUUACUAUGUUUAGAAAUCAGAUAUCAAAACCCAUUGCAUUAGCACUACUUCCAGAUGUUGUUCGUUUCCUUGGUGCAGACUCCAAUGUGGUUCAUUCUUAUGCCGCAAGUUGCAUUGAGAAGUUGUUGUUGGUCAAAGAUGAUGGCGCAAGAGCAAGGUAUACAGCAUCUGAUAUCAGUCCAUUUUUGCUAGUGUUGAUGACCAAUCUUUUUAAUGCCUUGAAGAAGCCAGAGUCUGAAGAGAAUCAAUACAUAAUGAAGUGUAUUAUGCGAGUGCUUGGUGCUGCAGAAAUUUCUCGUGAGGUUGCUUUACCUUCCAUAGCUGGUCUCACGCAAGUCCUGAACAUAGUCUGUCAGAAUCCAAAAAAUCCUGUUUUCAACCACUACCUCUUUGAAUCAGUGGCUGUUCUUAUUAGAAGGGCCUGUGAGAGGGAUCUCUCUCUUAUAUCUGCUUUUGAAGAAAGCUUGUUCCCUAGCCUCCAGAUGAUUUUGGAGAGAGAUGUGAGUGAGUUCUUCCCUUAUGCAUUUCAACUGCUGGCUCAGCUUGUUGAGUUGAACAGGCCGCCCAUUCCACAACACUACAUGCAGAUAUUUGAGAUUCUCCUUUUACCUGACUCCUGGAAAAAGUCUGCAAAUGUUCCUGCUCUUGUGCGAUUGCUCCAGGCAUUUCUUCGGAAAGCACCUAAUGAGCUUAAUCAGCAGGGCAGGUUGUCAAGUGUCCUUGGGAUAUUUAAUACACUGAUAUUUUCUCCAAGCACUGAUGAACAGGGAUUCUAUGUGCUGAAUACAGUCAUUGAAAACCUUGGGUUUGAUGUUGUCUCACCAUACGUAGGCCAUAUUUGGGCUGCCCUAUUUAAACGGCUGCAGGAAAGAAAAACAGUGAAGUUUGUGAAGAAUCUUGUGAUAUUUAUGUCUCUUUUCCUGAUUAAGCAUGGCUGUCAAAAUCUUGCAGCUUCAAUUGAUGCUGUUCAGGCAAAUUUAUUUCGCACAAUUGUGGAACAAUUUUGGGUACCUAACCUUAAGUCAAUCACUGGGUCAAUUGAGCUCAAAUUAACUGCAGCUGCUUCAACUAAACUUAUAUGCGAAUCUCCAUCAUUAUUGGAUUCUGGGCUUUGGGGGAAGAUGCUGGAUAGUAUAGUUACUCUUCUAUCUAAGCCUGAGGAUGAGAGGGUAGAAGAGGAGCCUGAAGUUCCAGACUUUGGGGAGACAGGAUAUAGUGCUGCUUUUGUUCAUCUAUACAAUGCUGGGAAGAGAGAAGAGGACCCACUGAUUGAUAUACAGGAUCCAAAGCAAUUUUUGGUUGCAUCAUUGGCUAAUCUCUCUGCUCGUUGCCCUGGUCAGUACACCCAAGUUAUAAGGGAAAAUCUUCUCCCAGCAAAUCAGGCGGCGUUACUUCAGCUUUGCAACUCUUAUAAUCUGUCAAUAGUUUGAGUCUGAAGAUAUUCCAUGGAUGCCAUUUCUCUUUAUUUGCUGUCACGGAUUGUGUGAGGUCUCAGGUCUGGUCCUCUUUUUUGAUGCAUUUGCAGUCAAUGGUCACAAAGAAUCAACAUCGUACUCUUCUAGAUUGUCUUGAAUGUUUCAGAGUUGGUGUAUCUGAAUGGUCAUAAUGUUGUUUUCGACAUACUUUCUUGGUGGCAGUAGCUUGGCGCCACAAUUUUGGGUUGGGAAUAUGAGUCGGGGGCACAUGCUUUUCCGGAGCAAAUGGUAACUGCUUCACUGUGGAUCGUUUGCUUAGAGUUUAUCCUUUUUGUAUGCCCCCUCCCUUAUUUUUCUUCGUGGUUUAGUCAAUGAGAAUGGACAAAUAUUUUUGAGAAAUGGAUUUCUUCUCAGGGUUUUGGUGGAUAUAUAUAUAUAUUCCAUACA